AUGUCUAGCCCACUCAGCGCAGAGGAGGAGUCUCGCUACACCUCCAUCGUCGACGGCAUCCUUGCGACAGCGGACCUCACCACCGUCACCCGGAAAAAGAUUCGCCAAGGUCUGGAGACGGCCCUUGGUGGAAAGGAUCUUAGUGCUCAGAAGGAUGCUAUCAAGGCGCUGAUCGAGGAGCGCUUCGACGCCAUCUCCGGCUCACCAGACGGCAACGAUCAAUCCGCAAGCCCUCCUCAUAAACGUGAGGCCAACGGUUACGAUGACGACGAGGUCGACGGCGAUGGCGAAAUACAGGUGUCCGUGUCUCCCGUCCGCAAGAAGCAAAAGCGCGAGGAUUCGUCAGAGGACGCAGAUGCCAAGCUUGCCGCCGAGCUGCAGGCGCAGGAGAACCGCAUGGCCAGAGGGCGGACGACCCGCGGCGGCAACGGGGCGACCAACAAGUCAAACACCAAGAAGAAGAGGACUGCUCCCAAGAAGAAGAGCGCGACAAAGGUUCGCGAUGGUGACGACAGUGACAUCGAGGGAGGCGAGGCGCCUAAGCGCAAGGCCGGUGGUGGUUUCCAAAAGCCGUUCAACUUGAGCUCUCCCCUGGCGGAGCUGGUUGGCGAGCAACAGCUGUCCCGUCCGCAAGUGGUCAAGAAGCUUUGGGAGCACAUCAAGGGGAACGACCUGCAGGACCCCGAAAAUAAGCGGCAGAUUCUUUGCGACGACAAAAUGCAAGCCAUAUUCAAGGUGCCCAAGGUGGACAUGUUCCAGAUGAACAAGAUGAUCGGCAGCCAUCUCUACCCAGUCGAAGCAGAGUAA